GGCGAACUUCACUGCGGUCGCCAUUUGCGCCACGAACGCUGGUAGAUCGUCUUGUGUGUAAAAUUGUGGAAUUGGAGGUUAUAGUGCUAAUUUACUAGUUAAUAGUGCAUUAAAAUUAUCAAAAACAUUUUGAAGCAAGUAAAUUGAGUGUCUAAUGUCUCGUAAGCACGAAAAGUGUUUCGAAUGAUUGCCGGGAACCCCAGAAAUGAAGAUAGUCAGGACACAUACAAAUUCAACUAGAAAUCUUAUGACAGCAGUGCCUCUAACAAACCAAACCAAUUAUUUUUAAACCUAAAUCUAAAUCUUUUUUAAACUAAGUGACAUUGUGCCAGUAUUUAAGCCGUAUUAAAAAUUAAGUAGUUUAUGGUUAGUUUUUUUAACUGAGUGUUGCCAGUAUGAAAAUUCCGGAGACUUCAGCUAAUGUUGGUGCUUAUUAUGGGAAUGAGGAAAAUGGACAGUGGCAGCCAAACGGAAUUAUAAUUGACAGCGGAGUGCCCGGUGGAGUAGUCGGCAGCGGAGACGGUCUGCACCCACAGCCUGUAUACCCCGUACACAUACCAAGGGGACAUAUACCCGGCUACGUGAUGGCGGGCGCGUACUACGCAGGCGCGGGGUACGGCGCGGCGCCGGCGCCGCCCGACGACUUCGCCGACUACAUGUGGAUGGAGAACGAAGAGGAGUUCGACAAGCAGGCUGUGGUUCCGCAGGUGAUGCAACAGCUGGAGGAAGAGGCGCUGAUGGAGCAGUGCAUAGAGGCCAUGCUGGAAGACGAGCAGAGGGAGCUGGAGAGGCACAACCCCCACAACCCCCACUACCCCACGACGAGUAACGGUAACCCGUUGCUAUCGCUGGAAGAGACGGUAUCCCGAUCGACGCUCAACCCUCUCGCUGCCGAGUUCGUACCCACCUUCGUGCCUAGGGGCGCACGUACAGAAGAAAAGAAAGUGGCAGAAGUAAAGAGCACAGAAGAGACACAGAAGGAGCCCAGCGAAGGAACGGAAGAGGCGCCACAGGUCACGGAAGAACUCAAAACAGAAGAGCCCCUCCCCCCCGUAGACCCGCCGGAAGUGAGCGCGGCCGACGUCCAACCCAUAGACAAGAAACGUGACAUCAAGAAGGACAGCAAAACGAAACCAGAGACUAAGAAACCGGUCAAAGCGGACCCUAAGAAGACUAGUAAACCUGCGGUCGUCAAAUCAGAGACUAAGGUGGCGCCCAAAAAGAAGGAAGUGAAAGCAGUGAAGAGUGAGGCGAGGUUAGAAGAGAGGGAGAAAGAAGACGCGCCAGUGAUUGUCGCAGAGCUGCCUAAGGUUGCACCGGCGCCGGCGCCCUUGCCCUCGGAGGAGGCGGCGGGGGCGGGGGCGGGCAAGCCCAUCAACUACGCCGCCGCCGCGCGCGCCAACAAGCCCAAGCUCGCACCCGCCACCCCCGCCCCCGCACCCGCACCCGCACCCGCACCCGCACCGCCCAACACCACCGCACCCGGCACCAAGAAACCCAGCGUGCAGAGGAAAAACAGCGCCAAGUAACACCACACCCCACCCCCACCCCCGCCUGCUCCUGACUGGUGGCUCUCACCGUGUAAAAACACUCUAAAGAGGACCCUAGGCCGUUGAUAAUAAGGUAGAAAAUUCAUCGCUUCUGCGACGAUGUAAAUUCCUUUAGGAUUUUUGUUGUAGAAAAUUGGGGACGGGUCUGGACGAGUUUAAAAAUAAACCUUGUGCUGUUUUGGUUAGGGUAGCGAAUGGAACGACAAUCGUAAGUCAUUUUAUAAUAAACUCGUGUAUAAUGUUACGUAAUUCUAAACAGAAGUUCAAUAGAAAUGGCUAAAAGCGUGAUUUAUACCUGGAUUUCAAUAUUUUUUUUCAAUUAAUUCUAGUUAUUCGUUAUAGACCAAAAAAGUUCUGUAAUGAUUUUGACAGCACCCACAGUGCCAGUGUUAUUUCGUCGGGUGACAAGCAAAAGUCACUAACUAACACCAUUGAAAUUAUUGGACAAUAAACCGUGUUACAAGUGUAAUAAAGUGCAUUGUUACUUUAAUUUUUUGAUAGUACUUAAUGAGUUUUGCUUGUCACCCGACAAUUUAUAUAAUUUCAUAGAAGUUUGACAUAUACCACCUGCACUAAGUGUGCUAUCAAAAUCUCUGCAAACUUUUCUUGGUCUAACCCUAGUAACAUGACUUGACAAUCAAACUUACAUGAAAUUCAGGUAUACUAGAAAUUGAAAAAUAUUUUAGAAAUUUCUAUUGAACACUGUAAGCCUUUAUAGCAGAGGGAAUAUAUUUCCCACCUAAGUUUAAACUUUAUUUCAAAGUCAUAGAAUUCAAUUUUGCACAAUUUCUGACACCCUUAUGUUAUGCCUUAUAAAGAGUUAAAUAAAUCAUUAUUUAAUAAAUAACAAUAAUGACAUUAUACACGAGGUUUUAUAUUAAUUCACUUGGGGAUAUAACUGACUGUCUUACCAUUAUUCUGACUUAUUUUCUUGCAAAUCAAAAUCACAGAUAGCGUGGUACAUUUUAGGGAUAUAUUUAAAAGUCAAUUUUUACAAUAAUCAUCAUCUGAAAUUUUGUGUGAAGGCGUUUUAAAACUUUUCAUAAAUUUUAAUGUGAAAUUAAGUUGGUAUAGUUUGAGCACUGACCCACUGCAGCGUACGAACGCACGUUUUUAAAAAUCUAUUCGUACGGUCAUCUCACGGUAUACGCUCAGUGUUGCGAGUUUUGGCCUAAGGCUGCCUUUCCACUGAGGAGAUGAGAGACGUGCGAAAGUCUCUUCUCCGCUCCGCUGGAUUACAACCAAUGCUAUUGGUUAAUUCUGCUCUUAUCCGCCUCAGUGGAAAGGCAGCCUAAGCCGAGACUUAAUACUAGGAGUCUUUAAGACUUUUGAGGGCUAAGUGGCAUAACUCACAAUUAUACAUGUUGCAUACAUAUUUGUGCUGCAAUGGGUACCUUUAAGAAUACUGUGACAGCCUUGGAGUGGAAUGAAUAUCUUGGAGUAUAUGUUAAGUUGUUAUUAAGACAUAUUUUAUUAGUUUUAUUAAUAUGAUUAGUAUUUUUUUUUUGGGAAAUAUAAUAUGGAUAAUUGAAAAAUAUUUUUUCGUUGAUAUGGAAAUUUUGGUGUUAAAAAAAUGGGUUAUUGCCACUCACAAGUGUAAUAAAAUGUGGCUUUCCACCAGAGAAUAAUCCUUUCUUGCACUUGAAGCAUAUUGCACCCUUCUGUAUGGAAAGCCACAAAUGAUGUUUGACGUAUGUAUAAAAAAUGGCUUGUUGACUAAAUCCACAAAAAAAAUAGAUUCAUCUAUGAGAAAAAUUUGUUUGGUAUAGAUUAUUAGUUCAUCUAGAUACAGAGACAUGUAAGAUCGUUUUUAGUUCUGCAUAUUGCUUGAUAACCAACAAAAGUUAAAACACUAGAUUUUAAUGUGGUGGCACAUUUUAUUAAAACAUAUACAAACAGGAACACUCCUAACUGUACAUCGGUGGACUUUAUUACAAAUGGCAUAUGUCCACCAUGUACUGUUAACAGUGUAGGCUAUGGUACACUACACUUUAUAGAUUAGGGUAUUUUUAUAUGUUAUUUCUACUCAGAAUCGUGAGCUGUUUCGAUUUUAAUAGCAGAAAAGGGUCCCAAAAUUUCCAUACAUUUAUUAUUUCUUCCAUUCCGUUAUACAACGUUUAUGAUAAAAUGGUAACAGACUGGGAAUAUUAAUCUUUAAACAUUUGUUCUCCUAUUUGGAUAGAAAGAGCUCUGAGUAAAAUAGGCAUAAAAAUUUAAAAAAACAAAUAGUACCGUAAACUCGGGCUACUUUGAUCCAAUGGAGGGUAACUUUGACCCACAUGAAAACCUCAUUGAAGAGGGUCUAAUAAAAUACAUAAAAUCGUCAAAAGCUAGCUAAAACCAACCUCAUGUCAUCCAUAAUUACAGUGCAAUAAUAUAACCUGGACCGAGUAAAUCUCAAUGGACAAAGUUACCGUCCAGGGCUAAAGUAACCCGACUUUACGGUAUUCUCAGACUUGUAUCUCUGUAUUUAUCAAACUAUGUUUUCAAGCCUCGUGUUAGUGGUUUUGGCCUUUGAAAAAAUGUACAGCCUUUAAGUAUAGUGUGAAAUAGUACGGUAAUUUUAAUAGUAUGUGAUAUUUCUUGUUACUGCCGAGUCCGUCCUGUUUUGCGUGGGUGUUGUGUUGUGUUUUAGCACGUGUUUAGGUCAACCAUGUGUUUGCAUGUAGUGAUGUAGUUAAAAAGGUGUGUGUGAAGUCCCCAAGCUUUAAAGGUUCGUCACACAGGCGCGGGGCGCGCCGCUUUUACAUAUAAAACGCUCACGCCCCGCCCGGAAAACGCGCCUGUGUGACGGAAAGCAAGCAUUUGGACAGACGAAGAAAGGCCUGUACCCAACAGUGAUACUUUUGGGGCAGCGAGGUGCUAAUCAAAUUGCAACAAAGUAUGCAAUAUUGAAAUGCAUUAGGAAAAUGAUAAAAUUUGUAUACGUAUUUGGUGAAGGUAUUCAAGUUUUGAAAGUGUGUGUUUGACUCACAUU